UUUAGGAUAUCUGGUCAGCAUGGACGAGUUUGACCAAAGAGUCUGUUUCUGUGCUGUACAACUGUGUGACUCUAUCUGGAAAUCUGUAGCCAUUACCUGAUUUGGUGUAUGUGUGACUCCACACCCAGACCAAUGUGCUUGACUCCUAACUACCCUCUGAAAUGACCGUGCUACUUAAUUUCAGAUAAAUUAAGGACAGGUAAUAAAUGCGAGCCUUGCAGUGACACCUACACCUGAUGAAAUGAUUACAUAAAAGGAAGGGAACAGGGAUUGUGACCGUGCCUGCCCUAUAUCUGAAUUAUCGCUCACUCACAGGCAUCAUGGCACCUUGAGACCAUUCACACUUUUCUGGUUGUGUGACUUCCAAUUUCUAAUAGAAUAAGACUCAAUUUUGCUAUUAACAUUUGCUCUUUUACCUAGGUAUUGGAUGAAGCCGAUAGGUUGCUGGAGCAAGGCUGCACAGAUUUCACAAAGGACCUGGAAUUGAUUCUCAGUGCUGUCCCAGCCCAACGACAAACUCUACUGUUCAGCGCGACUCUCACUGACACAUUACAGGAGCUGAAGAAGAUUGCCAUGAACAAGCCUUUCUUCUGGGAAUCAAAGACAGAAGUUCGCACGGUGACAGAGUUGGAUCAGCGUUAUCUCCUGGUUCCUGAACGGGUGAAAGAAGCUUUCCUCGUGGAGAUUAUCCAGAAGUUUCAGGAUGAACAUGAGGAUUGGUCCAUUAUCAUUUUCACAAACACAUGCAAAAUGUGUCAGAUUUUGAACAUGAUGUUGCGGAGGUUCAACUUUCCAUGCGGAGCCCUGCACUCAAUGAUGAAACAGAAGCAGCGGUUUACCACACUUGCACAGUUCAAGUCAAGCAUUUUCAAGAUCCUUGUGGCCACAGAUGUUGCUUCUCGUGGUCUCGAUAUUCCCACAGUCCAUGUUGUCAUCAAUCACAACACACCUGGACUGCCAAAAGUCUACAUCCACCGUGUUGGUCGUACAGCCCGAGCAGGUCGUCAUGGCAUCUCGAUCACUCUGGUCACUCAGUACGACAUUCACCUGGUUCAUGCAAUUGAGCAGGAAACAAAGAUGAAACUGAAGGAGUUUUCUGUAGAUGAGGAGAAUGUGCUGAAGAUUCUAACACAUGUGAAUGUGACUCGGCGAGAGUGCGAGAUUGAACUUGCGUCAACUGACUUUGAUGAAAAGAAGGAAAUCAACAAAAGGAAGCAGAUGAUUUUGGAAGGAAAGGAUCCCGAUAUGGAGUUGGAAAAAAUAAAAGAAGGAAAGAGGAAAUUUCAACAGAGAAUACACGAGACUUUGGAGAGACAGACAGCAACUCGACUCAAACACAAGCUGCUGAAGAAGAAAAGAAAACAAGCAAAGAGAAGAGAGCAACUUCAGAGUGGAGCUGGAAUCUCAUCCAUGGACAAAAGUCUUAAAUCUGUAACCACAUCUCAAGCUGCCAUUUAGUGACUAUUUUCUAACACUGGUUUGCUGCAGUGGGGAACUGAAUCAUGUCCUAAUUUCAAUGUGGUGUUAAAUAUAUCCAUUGUACAUA